UGGACAUCUCACUGUCAACACCGACCCCCGGCUCUCCUCCCGCUGCCUUUCUACUCAGCGCCAUGGCUUUCACUCUGUCAGAAAUCAUGGCGGCCAGGCGGCAGCAGUCACAGGUGCAGUCUCACGCACAGCGAGGCGGCAGGACGGCGGUGGAGGUGGAUGAAUACAGCACCAACCCCACCCAGGCCUUCACCUUCUACAACAUCAACCAGGGACGCUUCCAGCCGCCACACGUGCACAUGGUGGAUCCGAUGCCCCACGACACGCCCAAGCCGCCGGGCUACACCCGUUUUGUGUGUAUCUCAGACACACACUCCCGGACAGAUGCCAUCCAGAUGCCUUAUGGGGACGUGUUUAUCCACGCUGGAGACUUCACUGAACUGGGACUGCCCUCUGAGGUCAAGAAGUUCAACGACUGGUUAGGCACCCUGCCCUACGACAUCAAGAUCGUUAUUGCCGGGAACCAUGAAUUGACCUUUGACCAGGAGUUUAUGGCCGACCUGAUCAAGCAGGACUUCUACUACUUCCCCUCAGCAUCCAAGUUGAAGCCAGAGAACUACGAGAACGUCCACUCGCUGCUCACCAACUGCAUCUACCUGCAGGACUCCGAGGUCACUGUGCGGGGCUUCAGGAUCUAUGGCUCCCCCUGGCAGCCCUGGUACUACGGCUGGGGCUUCAACCUUCCCCGGGGUCAGGCUCUGCUGGACAAGUGGAACCAGAUCCCAGAUUCAACAGACAUCCUGGUUACACACUGCCCCCCACUGGGAUUUUUGGACUGGGUCCCCAAAAAAAUGCAGCGUGUUGGUUGCAUGGAGCUUCUCAACACAGUCCAGAGGAGAGUCCAGCCUAAAUUCCACGUGUUUGGACACAUUCAUGAAGGUUAUGGAAUGAUGACUGACGGCACCACCACCUUCAUCAACGCUUCCGCCUGCACUGUCAACUUCCUGCCAAUGAACCCGCCCAUCGUUUUUGACCUGCCAAACCCCAGGGCCACAUGACUAGGACAAGACCACCCCCAAAAACCCACUGCCAGUCAGGAUAAAGCAGUUAGGAGAGGUAGGUGAGGUAGGCGGGCAGAUUGGACCAAUAUCAUGUAAAUACUGGAUGCUGUCAGUCUGCCUGGACAUGUGUUCCCUGUGGACGAAAGAGACGGCACCAGGCCUUCAUUGGUGUCUGUGAAUAUUAAUUUCUUCAUCACGGCAUGAGUCUGGAAGCAGACCAAAGGACAUGUGGAGGAACACUGUCCUCUUUGAC